AUCGUCGACAUGAAGGGUCUUUACACUGCCUUGGCGGCCACCGCCUUCACUGGCGUCUUCGCCGCUCCCAGCCCCAUCGAGAAGGGUCCCGUCACUGCUCGUGCUGCUGCCGCAGCUUGCGCCACUCCCGUCACGCUCAGUGGCAAUCCAUUCGCUUCCAGGACCCUCUAUGCCAACCCCUUCUACGCCAGCGAGGUCAAGUCCGCUGCUGCUGCCAUGACUGACACCGCUUUGGCUGCCUCCGCUGCCAAGGUCGCUGAUGUCGGAUCUUUCUUGUGGAUCGACACCCGCAGCAAGAUCUCCGUGAUCGAGGAGAACUUGUCCAACGUUCCUUGCACCCACAUUGCCGGUCUCGUCAUCUACGAUCUCCCAGGACGUGACUGCGCCGCUAAGGCUUCCAACGGUGAACUUGCUGUUGGUGAUCUCCCCGUCUACAAGUCCGAGUACAUUGACCCCAUCGUCACAAUCCUCAAGAAGUUCCCCAACACUGCCUUCGCCCUCGUCAUUGAGCCCGAUUCGCUCCCCAACCUCGUCACCAACAUCGACAAGCAGGCCUGCAAGGACUCUGCCUCUGGUUACCGCGAUGGUGUCGCUUAUGCUCUUAAGCAGCUCAACCUCCCCAACAUCGCCAUGUACAUUGACGCUGGCCACGGUGGCUGGCUCGGCUGGAACGACAACCUGAAGCCCGGAGCAAAGGAACUCGCCAACGCCUACAAGGCCGCCGGCAGCCCCAAGACGGUCCGCGGCGUCGCCACCAACGUCGCCGGCUGGAACGCCUACGACCUCUCUCCCGGCGAGUUCUCCAAGGCCACCGACGCCCAAUGGAACAAAGCCCAGAACGAGAAAGAAUACAUCGCUCUCUUCUCCCCAGAGCUCAAGUCCGCCGGCAUGCCCGGCCAAGCCAUCAUCGACACGGGCCGCAACGCCGUCACCGGCCUCCGCAAGGAGUGGGGCAACUGGUGCAACGUCCGCGGCGCAGGCUUCGGCGUGCGUCCCACGGGCAGCACUGGAAACUCCCUCGUCGACGCCUUCGUCUGGGUCAAGCCCGGCGGCGAGUCCGACGGCACCAGCGACACCAGCGCCAAGCGAUACGACAGCUUCUGCGGCAAGGAGGACGCGUUCAAGCCUUCCCCCGAGGCUGGACAGUGGAACCAGGCGUACUUCGAGGACCUCGUCAAGAAUGCUAAGCCCGCUUUCUAGAUUGAUAAAAGCGAGCGAGCGAGCGAAGCUUGAUAAGCAAAGCGCAAAAUGUUUAUUACAAACACUACACGAAACUGUACAUAUCAACCCCCUUUUUUCUUGGACGAGAACGACUGCAGUAGACCGACAAAGACAAUAAAAUUUAAACGCCUCCCUUUUUCCAUGGACUCUUGAAAAUGGGGGGCGAAAGGAAGGUGAUCGACCUGGAAAGUAUAUUGGGAAGAAGAAUUGGAUCAAUCACAAUCGUUGUUACGUUUUCUUGUUUUCUUUCCUUUUCUCUCUCUUCCAAAGGGGGAGAAAGGUAAAUAGACAAGGGGUAGCUAGUCUUUUUCUUGGUUCUUGUCAAGUCACUACCAAUAUAUAACAAAACACUCUUUUCACCCGACUACUCACUCGUCU